UUAAAUCCUAUUUAAUAUGUUAUGAUUUCUUUAUAUAAUAAACUUUUAUUUCAUUAAAUUUUAUGUCAAUGUUGAAUCAGAAAUCUUAUUGUUAGUAACGAAAUAUACUUGGUAAAAUGGCAACUUUCACCAAGAUUGUGCAGAUUUCGAGAGCUGUAAAUAAUGUGACGAAAUUGUUUACAAAUUUAGUUUUAUCGCAAAAUAUUAACUCUGUUAGAAGUUCAAUGUUCAUUCAAAGGAUGCCUACUUUACAAUGUGGUCUCAUUCACACUACAUCUAAACGUAAUGACUUGAUGGAAUUUUUUGAUGAUCCAAAAAAUUGGGACAAAGAUAAAGUACGUGUAGGCCGUUCUUGGCGAAAAGAUGAACUAAGAUUAAAAAGCAAUGAAGAACUUCAUAAAUUAUGGUAUGUGUUAUUAAAAGAACGCAAUAUGCUGUUAACAAUGGAAGAAAUUUAUAAGCAAGAACAUAAAUAUUUUCCAAAUCCUGAACGAAUUGAUAAAGUUGAAGAUAGCAUGGCUAACUUAGAGUCAGUAGUUCGUGAAAGGAAUAGAGCAUAUUACAUGCUUGAAACUGGAACAACUGGAGAACGACCCGUAUCAUUAAGAUAUAGUCCUCUUGGUUUGCGUUACCGUUAUCGAUUGCGGCAGUAUUCUAGACCAAAACAUGCAAAUUCUGAAUGGCACAAAACACAUAAAUUUGGUUAUGGUGGAUAUGCAGUGUCUAAAUUUUUGCGACUUUAUAGAGAGAAAUUAUGGAAUGAAAAACGUAAAUCAAGAAAUCGUCAAAUAAAUAGGGUAGCUACUUUGAUGCGGAUUUUCCCGAACCUUGAUAUGGAAGCUGUGAAAGAACAGUAUCCAUUGGCAGAUAUAGAAAAGGUAAAGAAGUUGAGAAAGACAGAUGGACAUUUUGUACGUGAUUAAAUGCCUUUUUUCAUUACAUAGAAUUAAAAUAGAGUAAUAUUGAUAAAAAUAUUUUAAAUUAAGAUAA